UAAAAUCUGUUUUAAAGUUAAUUUGUAAUUUAAAACAUGCAUAAAAAAUCGGAGACUGUCUACUUUAAACAAUAAACGUAAACAUCAGACUGAAUGACUCAACGAUGACGUGCUUCUCAUUAUCAUAUCACAAUUCACAACUACAAGGCAAGCAUACGUUAGUUGCAAUCUGCCGCUGAUCGACAUUUGUCGUGCUGUUUUUAAAUAUUAAUUCUUUUGAAUACUCGUGCAUUUAAAAUUUAUUUCUAUAUCAUUUUCCAAGGUUGCUAAGUGAGCGCGAAUGACACAAUGCAAUAGUGCCGCAUUAAUACAGUGCGUAUUUUCCUUAACCGCAAGAACAAAGGGAAUAAUGAUGAUAGCGUGUUAAUUCAUUUUAAAACAAUCAUUAAGUUAUAGAUUAAAUUUAUAAUUAUGGAAAUUAUGAAAAUGAUCACAUAUUAUUAACUCAAGUUAGAGCGUGUGCAAAAUGAUUAAAAGGAACGGUGAUAAUGUGUUUGCGAUCGCAUCGAACAAUAAUCAGUGUCAAGGCGGACGGAGUACUGUCUCACUCUGUCCCAGUGCAACCACAAGGAUCCCGCGAGCGACUGCUGGCAGGAUGACGCAGCCUGAUGCGCAGCAAAACACUAAAGAAGCUAAUAUCGCGCUCUCUACAUACGUUGAAAAAUGGAAAAAUAGAUAUGAGGAUGCUGAAAGAAAACAUAAAGCCUAUCUCCUUAAAUCUGAAAAAGCUCGUCGAGAGUAUGAUGAUCUUCAACGUCGAUAUAAUAUUUUAUUGGAAGAAAGAAAUCAUCUGGAUGCAGAACUCAAUGACAGGGAGCGGGAGCUCAACAAGCUUCGGCAUGUCUCUGAGAAACUAUUCCAAGAAUACCAACAGCUCAAAAACCAACAUGAAAUUGACACCGGGGUUAUGCAAAAGGUGAUGCAACAAGCGGGUGAAUGGUACAAACAGAAUAAGCAGCUGAAGAGACGAAGCACAGCGCUGCUGCUCGCGCUGCCCACCACCGUUGACAUUGAUAUCACAGACGCUACAGAUACAUCAUCUGAAGCGAGCAGUAAUGAAGAAGUGGAAUUUCUGAAGCGUACAGUAUCUGAACUGUCCGAGCAGAUAGCAGCAUUACAGACGGAGGCAAACGCGGCUAAGUUACACGAAUUUGAGGCCCACGAGGUCAAUGUGCAAUUGAAUCAGGAAUUGGAGGUAGAACGAGAAAAAUGCGUUCAACAGGAAAAAGAGUUGCAGGAACUUAGAUCUCAAAUAGAGAGACACAACCGAGUGUCCAAACUACUUAUGGAAGAGGUCACAGGUCUCAAGGACAAUGCUGACAAGGACCGACAAAUGGCCGAGACUUACAAAUCAGAAGCACGCGACGCCAAAAAGCGCGCAACAGUACUGGCUCACCAGAGCGCAUUGCUGAUGGGAGAAUUGGAUCUGGAUGAACGCCUGGGACUGCUUUUAGGUGAAGUUGAUAGUCUGAGAGACGCCUUGGAACAGCAGAGUAACAGGCAUAAGGAUCAUGUUCAGCAGUUGCAGCUACAAUUAACUGAAAAGCAUGAAGAUACAGAUAUACUACUAUGGGAAGAGAAAAUAAAACUGGCUGAGGAAGAUGCACAGAAAGCGUUAGAAAGAGCAGAACGAGCUGAGAAGAAAUUGGCGGAACUCGAUAAGAGAGCUAAGGGUGAACCGAGAUCUGCGCUUAAAAGCCGUAUUAGUUACUUCGAAAGUGGUGGAAAUGAGAGGAUUAAGAAAGAGAUCAAGGAAGAAGAACCAGCGCUGACACAAAUUCCUGCCCCCUCUACCCCAGCCCCCAUAACUCUAGCCGCAAUAACUAAACCCCCGGUUCCAACUCCCCCAGCAUCACCAAUCCCACAGGAAAUCCCGAUAGUCACAAUUCCCAUUUCACCGCCGCCCCCACCCCCACCAGUUAUGCCCCCACCACCGCCUCCGCCGCCCCCGCCCCCAGUGGCCUUUGAAUCCUUGGGUGAUAUGGAUAUGGCUAAGAUGCUUGCAAGCAAGUCAGGCACGCUGAAGAAGACGAAACAAAAUGGUGGAGGGGCAAUAGACGCGAUAGUAGACCAAAUAAAGGGAGGCAAAUUCCAGCUGAAGUCCACAGAUCACGCAGUUGAGAAGAAACCCAAGGACGAACAACCUGAAGCUGUCAAAGAAAUGCUACAGAUAUUAGGAACGUUGCGCAAGCGACGGGGGCAUAGGCCUAGCCUGAUCACAGAAAAUACGUGAGGAUUUUCUGUUUCUUGAUAAAUAUCGUGAUAUUGAAGUGCCUAUAUUGGUGUCUUUUUUAAUUGAAAAUGUGAAUAUUAAACAUGCUGUUGAAUGUAAGCAUUUAUAAGAUAUUUUUAUCAAUUUAACGAUAGAUUUAUAUACAUAUAUGUAUUUAUUAUAUAACUGACGCAUAUAGUUAAAUGUACAGAUUGAUAAAGUAUUAAACUCUUCCCAAAUACAUCUGUAUUUGUAUGACAAAAAUUGUUUUUGCCAAGCAACCUUACCACGUAAAUUCAAUGCAUUUUAAUAUCAAUAUUAAAGUAAAGUAAGGAAAACUCAAGUUUUCCUACGCAAU